AUGAUCUUCCUUUCUGAGGGCACGCUGGGGCCGGCAGCUCUUGUGGAAAAAUGGCUGCGUAGCGGUGCAGAAGACGAAUCCAAACCAGGGAGGCGGUUGGAUGCCUGGAUGCAUGGCUGCCUGCUUAAAGCACUGGAUUGGGCCUUUGACAACCCCCAAGCCGUCGAGGCAACGCAAGUGGGCGUCGUCGAGAAUGUGCUUUCCCACCUUGAGGGAGUUCAAACUAAGCAGGACUUCGCCAACGGUCUUGGAAAGGGCUUAGCAGCCAACGCGGAUGCAGAGCGUCGAAAACUGCUGCUGGAGCAUUUGGCGCGAUUGACAUCGCAAUCCAUCGAAAUUAACUCUCCUGCUCUGAGAGACCCUGACAGCAGCUCGUCCGGCGACUGUGAUGCCGUCCUCACUGAAGGCGUGCUGCGCACUCUUUCGAUGGUAACGCCUUGGUUGGAAACUGGGACACCGUUCCUCAUGCUGAUAACCUACAAAGGAUUUUACGACACAUCCCUCGAAUUCGUUUCGCUUCAGUCCAUUCAGAUCGUGGCCUCUAUGAUGGAUCCCAACAGUCUUGGGAGGAGCGCUGUGUCCAAGAGGCUGACGUCAAUCAUGAGAAUUGGCUACAUGGCAUAUCCCACCAGACAAGAGCUCAAACAGAUCUACUCGGAGAUGCUGUCGGGUGUCUUCAAGGACCUCGCGGCCGAGGACGCCUCGUGGCAACAGGGUCUGCACUCCUCCGCCGCAAUUUGCAGCCUCAUGAUAGACGUAUACUUUGGCGUCUUGAAGCGGUUCUCCGUAGAGGAGUGCCGACAUUACGUGUUUACCCCAAGGAUGCUUACCCAGUGGGUAAACGGACUGAGGAGGUAUGGGUUGCAUGGAUCAGCUGGUCCACUGGAUGUGGUGUAUCACGAGGGAUGCCGCAUAUUCAGGGAUCGGUUGGUUGGGUGCGAGGCACUGACCGACUUCGACAGACUCAUACUCCCGCCCUUGAAAGCUCUUGGUUUCGCAGGCGAUCCCGGUGGGUUUUUCUGGACGAGCCUCGGGCUCUCCGCCCAGCCGCAACUCCAGACCUCUGAAAGACGUUCCCAGUUGUCGAGGUGGUCCUCUGGUGACCUCAAUGAGCUGUUUCAGGAAAAGAUAAAGUCCUACGAACGAGAGCACAACCCUUUAAACAUGAUUCUCUUGGAGGAAGUGGUGGAGCGCAUCAGCAGAUUUGACAGCUGCCUUUCUCUGCCCGGAGGAUCAAUGCUAUUGACUGGGCCGAAUGGCGUUGGCCGGCGCACCUGUGUGAAACUUGUGGCGUACAUGCACCAUAUGGAGGUUUUCUCUCCCCAAUUGACAAGAGGUUACGGGAUAAGAAAUUUUAGAGAGGAUCUGAAGGAGCUUUUGAUACGGGCCGGCAUCGAAGGCCAGCCUGUGUGCCUCGUCCUGGAAGACCACCAGAUCGUUGAUGCGUCCAUGCUGGAAUGUGUCAACAGCAUCAUCAGUGGAGGGGAGGUGCCUGGCCUAAUGACCAAUGAGGAGCUAGAAAAGGCGCUGGAACCUCUGAAGGGCCAAAUGGCGGAAGAGGGAUUCCACCACACGAAAGUGUUCUCCUUCUUUGCUUCCAGGGUGAAGCGCAACCUUCAUGUCGUUCUUUCUCUGGAUCCGAACGGCGAGGGCUAUUGCAGGCGCCUGGAGAGCAACCCGUCUCUAGUGUCUCGAUGUUUCAUCCAGUGCCUGGAGCACUGGAGCCCUGAUGGCAUGGUCCACCUUGCCAAGGCUCUGCUCCAGAACAAUGGAGGCUGCGGCGAUGCGGCCGACGACUUGAAGAACGUUCACCAAACCAUGACUGACCGCGGAGCAACACCAAGGCAGUUCGUGAGCCUGGUGAACCUCUUCAAAGCCAUCUUCUUGACGAAGCAAGAGAAUUUGACAGAGCAGAAAAGAUUCCUCGAGGGAGGCCUCGGGAAAUUAUCAGAGGCGGAAAAGACGGUGGACGAUUUGUCUAAGGGUGCUGAGGAACGAAGAUCAUUGCUGGUAGCAAAACAGUGCGAGGCUGAAGACGCCCUGCACAAGAUCACAUCCUCUAUGGAACAGGCAGCAGAGCGGAAGCAAGAGGUCGAAAACAUUCAGAAAAAACUUGCUGUGGAAGAGAUGGAGUUGAGCCAAAAGCGCGGUGGAGUUGAAGAGGAACUCACCGCCGUGCAGCCACUCAUAGAUCAAGCCAGGAAGGCUGUGGGUCAAAUAAAGCCCGACAACAUAAACGAAAUACGAUCGUUGAAGAUGCCACCAGAAGGGAUAAGAGAUGUUCUUGAAGGCGUCCUCCUCCUCAUGGGACAGAAGGACACUUCGUGGAACAACAUGAGGAAAUUUCUGGCCAACAAAAGUGUCAAGGAUCAGAUCAUCAAUUACGACGCUCGCAAGAUCACGCACCCAAUGAGGAGCAAGGUUGAGAAGCUUCUGCAGUCUAAAGCAGCGUCUUUCGAGCACGCCAACAUAUACCACGUGAGCGUGGCAGCUGCUCCCAUGGCAUCCUGGGUGAAGGCAAACUUGGAAUUUUCAAAAGUUCUGGAGAAUGUGGCUCCCCUCGAGGACAAGCUGCAAGGCUUGACGGCGUCCUUGAAAGCAUCUCAAGAUCGGCUCAUUACUUGUGAAGAGGAUCUGGCCGCUCUGGAUCAGCAGGAAUGGUCAAAGGUUCUGAGAACCGAUGACUUCAAUUUCUUGCGUUUCAUGAGCACCGAAAGCGAGAGGCUAACCUGGAAAUUGGAGGGACUUCCAGGCGACAACUUGUCAGUGGAGAACGCUGUUGCAGUUCUACACAGUAACGUCGUUCCUCUCAUGGUCGACCCAACAAAUACGCCGCAGGCGAUAAAGUGGCUGGAAUCCCACGUCAGGCAUGAGAACAAGGCGGUGGAGGUUUGCAGCACUCAGAGCGAGAGAUUCGGAACGUCUCUGGAGCUGGCCAUCCGGUUUGGCAAAACGCUGAUUGCACAAGACGUCAGUUCGAUUGAGCCUUUGAUGUAUCCCCUGCUCAGGGGGGACCUGGAAACACGAGGCCAUCGCUCGGUCGUCAGGGUUGGAGACAAGCUCGUUGACUAUAAUGAAUCGUUUCGCCUUUUCAUGGUCUCGAGGGAUCCCACUCCCAGACUGGCGCCCAGUGCACGCUCCUUGGUGGCUCUCACAACCUUCACAAUUACGAGAGAAGGGUUGGAAGGCCAGCUCCUUAGCCUCACCAUUCAGCAUGAGCAGCCGGGACUCGAAAGGCAGAGAACCGAGCUGCUCCGCCAGGAAGAAGAGCUCAAGAUACAACUUGCUGCCCUGGAGAAGCAGCUUCUCCAUGCCCUGGCAACGUCCGAGGGAAACGUGCUCGAAAACAAGGACUUGUUGGAGUCGCUGAACGAGACCAAAGCAAAGAGCCUAACUAUACAAGACGGCCUGACGAAAUCCGCGGAAGUCCACAGAAGCUUGGACGAGCAAAGGAAUUUAUAUCGACACGUCGCGGAAAGAGGGUCGCAGAUGUUUCUCGCCGUCAAGGACUUAUCGGCCAUCAACCACAUGUACCGGUUCUCUUUGCCAUGGUUCCUUUCAAUCUUCAGGAAGGCCCUGCAUACAUCAGGGCCAUCGGCUGAUGUGCCGUCGCGUGUAUCACUGUUGAGCAACACGCUAAUAGAGGGCCAUCCACCGUGA